GUGAGUUUGAAGUCCUCCUUAUAUGUGGAAUUACGGUAAAACAUGGCCAACAGAGAAAGCAGGAAGUACUGAAGCAGACCAUGUGCUGCAUAUGUGUUUCUGAUGCUGUUUAGCGCAUGGAAGUGUUCUCAGGCGAGGCGUGAAGUCCAUUGCUGUGUGUAAUCAUGAUAACACCGGCGUUUGAACUGAGCCAAGAUGCUAAUUUCCUUACGCUGAUUAUUCGUGUACCCUACACCAGAACAUCUGAGUUUGACAUCUACAUCCAGGAAGAAGAUUUGAAGUUCUAUGCCAAGCCAUACUUUCUCAGGUUGACUCUGCCUGGGAGAAUAGUAGAAGAUGGCCGGGAAAAAGCUUCAUUCGAUGUCGAUAAAGGUCUCUUCACGCUGCAUGUCCCUAAAGAGGCGGCCGGACAGCACUUUGAGGGUUUGGAGAUGCUCACCAGUCUCCUGGCUCCUAAAGGCUCAAGAUCAGCCAAACCCCUGGUGGAGGACACAGGUGUUCUCUCAGAGGCCUGUGGUGGAGGAUGUGAGGAGGAUGAUGAAGAGGAGGAGUUUGAUUGGCAGAUAGAACAGGAGAUGUACACCGAAACCUCAGCGGAGACGCUGAAAGAAUACCACAAGUAUGGCUUUGGAAACCUCAGGUCUGGAGUCUUCACUAGACUGCAAGAGGAGCUGAAUGAGGUGAUCGACGUGAAGGAUCCCGACAACACCGCUCCUGAGCUCAGAAGACGCAAUCGACUAGAUGCAGAGACUUCAAUGUUUUGUACUGACCAUUAUAUGGUCAAUUUGUAUGAGGACGAGGAGGAGAUCAGAAACCUGCUGAAGUUUAAACCGUGGUGGAGAGAACUGAGCCCCGACUCUUCAGCAAACUCUGACACCUCAAUAACUUUCACAGAAGAGGAAAAGGAUCAGAUGAGGAAAUUCACAAACCGUUCGUACUUACUGGAUAAGAAAGCGCGCUUCCACGUCUGGCUGGGUUUGGUGGACAUCAUUCUGGCGUAUGUCUAUGAUGUGCGCACUACAGAGGGAGAGCACAAUGUAGAGUCAGCCUGGACCAUCAGGAAGCUAAGCGGUACUCUCAGCUGGCUGGAGACGUAUCACUCGGUACAAGAUGUGCUGGUGUCUUUCGGCAGGAGGACUUUGUGCUACCCGCUCUUUCGGCAUUUCUCCCUGAUCACAAGAGCUGUGAGAGACGUUGCUUGCAUUUUUCAGUCUGGGAAGGCCUGCAUCUUGAAAUGUCUGCUAGCCAUCCAUAAGAUCUUCCGGGAGAACGAUCCAGCCUAUAUCCUCAAUGACCUCUACAUCACGGACUACUGCAUCUGGAUCCAGAGGAUCAAGUAAGUUCAGUCCAGUCCA